AAACAGUUCAAGAGCUAAGUUCAUUAAAAUUAACUUUAAAAUAUGGCUAAUCCUGAAGCCCAAGUAAUCAGUUCUUAUCCACUACCUCCAACGCAGUACAUUAAACUCUAUACAAAUGAAAAUGUAUCAAAAAACCUUGCACCAAAGGCACCAAACCAUGAAAAGAUUGAAAGUUACUCGAUGUUUGGGAAUACUUUUACAAAUGAUGACACAAUAAUAAGGCCACUUGAGAGUCAACAGAUACGACGCUUAUAUCCACAGCAUUUUGAACGAAAAAAGGAGCUCAAGAAGUUAAACCAUUCAUUAUUUGUCAAUUUUCUGGAUCUACUGGAUCUUUUAAUCAACUCGCCAGACUCAUCACGGAGAACGGAGAAAAUUGAGGAUUUGACAUUACUUUUUGUACACAUUCAUCAUCUCUUAAACGAAUAUCGUCCACAUCAAGCUAGAGAAACACUCCGAGUAAUGAUGGAACUACAGAAGAGACAGCGAAUAGAAACUUCCAAACGAUUUAAUUAUCAUCUCGAGAAAGUGAAGGAUAUAGUGAAUAAUGGCUUUGUGAACUUAAUGCCAUUCUUAAGUGGAACUAGCUUUGAAAAUGAAGUAGACAACUUGAAUCUGUCGUCGACCGAGAAGAAUACAAACGAUAAUGUUGAUCCAAACGAUAUUCUUAUGUGCUCCGUUGCGGAUAAAAUCUUAGUUUAAUUAUAUCAUUACUUCCAGA